AUGUCUCCUCUCCUGGUGCUCAUAUUCUGCGUCUUGGGGCAGUGGCUUGUCCUACGAACAAUUUAUCGUCUCUACUUCCAUUCCCUCAAGAACAUUCCUGGACCAAAACUGGCGGCAAUCUCACACCUCUAUGAAUUCUAUUACGACAUCAUCAAGGGCGGACAAUUCAUUUAUGAAAUCAAGAGAAUGCACGACCAAUACGGCCCUAUUGUCCGGAUCAAUCCUCGCGAAGUCCACAUCAUUGACCCGGACUUCUACGACGAGAUCUACGCUUCUGGUAGCCGCAAGCGCGACAAGGACCCUCGGUUCGUGCCGACAUUCACCUUACCGACGUCGAUGAUUGCGACCGUUGGCCACGAUCAUCAUCGGUUCCGACGUGGGCUCCUGGCGAACUACUUCUCCCGGCGGUCCGCCUUGGAGCUCGUUCCUCUGGUUGAGGAAAGAGUCCUCAAGCUCAUGGAUCGCUUAGACGGGUUCCGUCAGAGCCAGCGCAUUGCGCGCCUGGACGAUGCCUUCGCCGGAUUUGCAGCAGAUGUCAUUACCUUGCACUCAUAUGGCCAGCGGUUCGGCUUCCUGGAGGAUGAGGCCUUCCGGUGCAACAUUCGACAAGCGGUGGGGGAGAUCACCGCCCUGAGUCACUACAACCGAUUCUUCCCCAGGGUGGUGCGGGUCAUCGAACAGGUGCCCCUCUGGCUUCUGGCCUGGUUACAGCCAGGCAAGUCAAGUCUGUAUGACCUGCAGCGGACGGUGUUCGCGCAGUCGCAGGAGUCGAUGGCCAAGCGAGCAUCAGGGUUAGAAGUCCGCCGAUCAGUGUUCACUUCCCUGACAGACCCCAAAGUCUCACCGCACGAGCGCACACCCCAACGUCUGAAAUACGAGGGGUUCUUGGUGUUGGCUGCUGGGACGGAAACCACCGGUCGAGUCUUGACGAUCGCGGCGUUCCAUCUGGCCCACAACCCGAAGAUACGUGAUCGCCUCCGCGACGAGCUCAAGCAGGUCAUGCCCACGCCGCAGAGCGCGGUGGGAUUCCCGGAGCUCGAGAAGCUGGUGUACCUGACUGCAGUAAUUAACGAAGCCCUUCGUCUUGCGUCACCUUUGACUAUCAGGCUCCCUCGAGUCGCACCGGACGAGACGCUGAAGUACAAGGAUCAUGUGAUCCCACCGGGAACACCCAUGAGCUGUUCCUCGUAUCUGAUGCAUCGCAAUCCCAGCCUCUUUCCGGAUCCGGAGAGAUUCGACCCAGAGCGCUGGCUGAAUGGGUCGGAGCAAGACAGACGCCUGAACCGCUAUCUCACGCCGUUUACUCGAGGCAGUCGGAUCUGCCUCGGUAUCAAUAUGGCCUAUGUGGAACUCUACUUAGCGCUUGCGCAUCUCGUUCGCCGAUUUGACUGGGAACUGCAUGAGACGACCCCGGAGGAUGUUCGGAUUGUGAGCGAUUUCAUACUAGGGGGCACCAGACGGGGUGAUAUCAAAGUGGAUGCCAGGAUUUUAGGCCGCGUUAAAGAUUAA